GCCGGUGUCUCCUGGCUUCCGUCACGUCCGGUUCUCUGUCAGUCGUGAGCGAGCGAGCACGGGGCUGUUAGGAAGCAGGAGCGGAGCAAUGCCUAAAUCAAAGGAACUUGUUUCUUCGAGCUCUUCUGGCAGUGAUUCUGACAGUGAAGUUGACAAAAAGUUAAAGAGGAAAAAGCAAGUUGCUUCAGAAAAACCUGUAAAGAAGCAAAAGACGGGUGAAACUUCCAGAGCCCUGUCAUCCUCCAAGCAGAGCAGCAGCAGCAGAGAUGAUAACAUGUUUCAGAUUGGAAAAAUGAGGUACGUCAGUGUUCGGGACUUCAAAGGAAAAGUCCUUAUUGAUAUUAGAGAAUAUUGGAUGGACCCAGAAGGUGAAAUGAAACCAGGAAGAAAAGGUAUUUCUUUAAAUCCUGAGCAAUGGAGCCAGCUGAAGGAACAGAUUUCUGACAUUGAUGACGCAGUAAGGAAACUGUAAAGUCAGAGCCAUAUAAAACUUGUAACUGGUCUAGUUGUUUUAAUCUGUCUUUUUACAUUGGCUUUUGUUUUCUAAACAUUUCCUCCCCCUCCCCCCCAAGCUAUUGUAUAUUUGGAUUGCAGAACAAUUUGUAAGAAUAUGUUUUUUUUAUGUGCAUUAUUAAAAACGAUCUGAAUGAAGAUCAUUGUCAACUUCAUUGAGGAGGAUCGCUUUGUGCCCACCACCUAGUGUAAAAUAAAAUCAAGUAAUACAGUCUUAACUGUUGUGGCCUUCUUUGAUCAGAAGAAUUGGUACUAUUUAAUUGAGGCCAAAAGUUUAUAGAUAUUUGAAUUUCAACCUUUUACAUUCAAAAGGAUUUGUAUUGUAUUGAAUUUAUAAACUUUUGAUUUGUGAAAUCCAUAGUUGCUGUGUUUUCUUCUACACAAAUGUCCAGUGACACUUCACUUUCCUUUUUUUAUCUUUACUUCAUUUUCCUUGAAUAACUUCUGCUCAACUUUCAUUUUUUUUUGUUCUUGAAUAUAUUAUGCUAAUCUGGAAAGUCAGUGAAACUGUUGACAUGUUAGUUAUCUCAAUAAGGUACUUGUAAUUAAAAUACUAUAUGGAAACUACAAUCACUAAUUCUACUGUAUUAAAUAUUAGGAGAUAUAGUUUGAUAAACAACAUGGCUUGUAUGAAAACUCUGAGCAAGUAAGUCUGUUUCAUUACCUGUAGUGUUCUGUGUGGUAGUUAUCUUUUUGCUUAGUCUGCAGAGGAUGAUGGCUUCUUAGAUGUCUGACUUAUUUUCACGUACUAAACAUGUUCACCAUAGGAGGAUGUCUAUAAAAUCAGAAAUUGUUAAAUUAGACUAGGAUUUAAUAAAAAUUGUGGAAGCUUACUGGCCUAACAUUUUAUUUUACAACAUUGAGUAUGGAUUAUAUAUAGCCAGAGAUACCAUUGAGCUUUUACCGUUAGUAGUAGGGAAUGUGAUCAAUUUUUAGGGGAAAGACUAUAUACUUGUGGUUUUUGGCCUUUGCUUCAGUAGCCUUAGUUCUUUUGCAGUUAAUGUACUGGACUUAAAUGUUACCAAGUUUUAGCAGACGCUCUGAUACAAUUUUCAAUGAACCAUGAUGACAAAGCAGACACAGAUAGAGGCAUAGAUUUCAGGGGCUUGGCAGCAAUAAAUAGGGCAUGGUGUGGCCUUAGGAAAGAGCGUGAGGGAACUUUUACUGAAGUUAAAGAAGGCAGUGAAGAUGACGCAGUUCUCUUCAAGCUAAAUGAUAUUUUGAUCUCUUUGAUAGGACACAAUUCUAGAUAGAAUAGUGAAAAGAAAGGUUUAGACUAGACAUUAAAAAUUCCUUGUUGACAAGUUAUUUUUGGUAGCUAAAAUAAAAUUUAAAGUGGUUACUGCUAUAUCAGAGAGUUGUACUAUUACACCAAGUUUGAUUGCUGUGUCUAGAACAUUUUAUAGAAUUAUCAAGGAUUUGAUUUCAAAACCAUCUGCCAGGCCAUGUGUAGUUAUCAAUUGUCUGGCAGCUAUUCUAUUUUGAAUAUAUUUUUUUGCAUUUUUGGGUUUUUUGAAAAAGUGUUUUUAGCAGUAACCGUAAUUGUUGUGUAAUUGAGGAAAUAAAGAAAUUCUCUUCUGGUAUUUUAGCCUUCAUCAAAUGAUAGGUAUUAAAGUGUGCAAAUAACUUUUUUAUUGAUGACUUCCCCCAUUUUUGGAAACGCGUGUCCUGUUAGCUUAAUCGGGUAGAUUGUAAAGUAUUCCCUAUAUACACAAAAAGGGUAGUUAGAACACAGAACAUUGAUUUUGGUGUAGAUGGAGAGGGAGUGAUGGUUGAAUGUCCGAGGUUUAUAUGAAUUUAAGGGGUGUAUGCAUUUUGAAGCAAUCUGCUAAUAAAGAGAUGGUGCUGAAGUCUUUUAUUCCCUAGGCAUUUUCUAGCUGUCUAGUUUAAAGCCUUCCUAUAAGGAGUGUUUUUCUGGCAGAAUUUGGUACAUUGACUGAGAAAUUCAUUUCAAUAAUGUUACUGGAUAUGCAAUAUAUAGAAGUUAUAAAUCUUCUUUUGUCUGUAGGAAAGGAUGAGAACUGGGUUAAAAUAAUAGCAGAAUUAGCUUGUACGGAAAGAAAGAGUACUUUUUCCCCCUGUUUUAACUUGACCUUCUUGGUACGAUUUCCCCAGGCAGAAAGCUCGGCACUGGGGGGCCGCCAUUUCUCUCCUUGCUUGCAGUGCCAGAACGGACCGAGUUAAUACUAGCCGUGGCCUGUCACGGCUGCAGGGCCUUUCUCCUGGGGUUUUACUCUCUGUCUUCUAAAGUUACAAGCAGCAUCUGACCCAUUUCCAGUGCUCUUGGCAUUUUAUUAAAAGAACAACCAACCACUAAAAAAUACUGUGUAUCAUUUGAUGAUUCUCUUUUGUUUCGCUUCAUAAAUGCUUAAGAACUUUUGAAGACUUCCUACCUCAUUAGCUAGUCAAGAUUUUGUGAUGGUCAACCUAUUCCACAUAAUGCUUUUGGAAAAAAGACUGAAAAUUGAAAGUACGUACAUCUUGGCCUUGGCUAUUGAGAGGAAAAGAAAAAUAAUUGAGAAGUAAAUGUUUCUGACAUGGGUAUGUUAGAAGAAUACUACAAGCUUGAAAUGUUGAAGUGCUGGCUAAUAUUUCUCCUGCUAGUUCUUGCUAUUCACUUUUUAUGGAAAUUCCGUGAGAUACUCAAAAAAGUUUUUUUGGUGUGUGUGUGUUUUUUUUUUUUUAAGUAGCGUUUUUCCAGAUAAAUUCUAGGGGGUAAACAUUUACAUAGUCACAAAUACGUAAUUCUGUAAUUGUGGACACCUGUAUGCUUUGUUUGGUACAUCUUCCAUGGAGAUGUCAAUGAAUACAAUGCUCCAUCUGUGAAUAUUUUAAAUGUUGAAAUAAAAAAUAAGAAAUGUG